AAUAAAAGCUUCAGAGGCAGGAAUGUGCCAGGAGCCGCAGAAGGCGAACGGGGCGGAGCGGAGGCAGGGCCCUCAGGUUAGCAGUUCCUCCAACUUUGGAGAUAUAUAUAUAUAUAUAUAUAUAUAUAUAUAUAUUUGGGGAAGGUUUAAAAGGUAGGUGGCUCCGCACAUCCUCAACGUCCCAGAAUGACCGCCUUCCCACGCCUGGUGCUUCUGCUCAGCCUCUGGCGUUGCGCCGCCAGCCAGAUGCCCGGCGGGAGAGGAGGAGACCUUUCACCCCAAAUGCUGUCAGAGAUGAGAGAGACGAACCAAGUGCUGCGGGAAAUCACAGAGUUGCUGAAGCAGCAGAUAAAGGAGAUCACCUUCUUGAAAAACACGGUCAUGGAAUGUGAUGCUUGCGGGAUGAACACGGGAGCGACAGGGCACCCCAUCAGCCUGGCCCCACUAAGCCGCUGUUACCCCAACCCGUGCUUCCCCGGGGUCACUUGCACCGACACCCCCACCGGCUUCCGCUGCGGCACCUGUCCCCAAGGUUACACUGGCAAUGGGACUCACUGCACUGACAUCAAUGAGUGUACAGCCAAUCCCUGCUUCCCCAGGGUCCAGUGCAUCAACACAGCCCCUGGUUUCCGGUGUGAACGAUGCCCAGCCGGAUAUACGGGGCCAGUCCACGAAGGAGUGGGCUUAGCCUUCGCCAGGGCCAACAAACAGGUUUGCAAUGACAUCAAUGAAUGUGAAUCCGGCACUGCCAGGGCUUGCGUCCCGAACUCCAUCUGCAUCAACACCCGGGGAUCCUAUAAGUGCGGUUCCUGCAAAGCCGGCUUCGUGGGCGACCAGACGAGUGGCUGCCGGAGCAAGGCUGAGCGGCGAUGCCCCAACGGGGAGCUCAGCCCUUGCCACGAAAAGGCCGAGUGCUUCGUGGAGCGCGAUGGGUCGCUGGUCUGCGUGUGCAUUGUCGGUUGGGCAGGAAACGGCUACAUCUGUGGACCGGACACCGACAUUGACGGCUUUCCCGAUGAAAAGCUCCGCUGCACCGACAAAAAGUGCCGCAAGGACAACUGUGUCACCGUUCCAAACUCUGGGCAAGAGGAUGCAGACCGGGAUGGGAUCGGCGAUGCUUGUGACGAUGACGCCGAUGGGGAUGGGAUCACCAACACCGAGGACAAUUGUGUCUUUGUGCGCAACACCGACCAGCGCAACGCCGACCAGGACAACUUUGGGGAUGCCUGUGACAACUGCCGCAACAUCAAGAACAAUGACCAGAAAGACAGCGACGGAGAUGGGCGUGGGGACCUUUGCGACGAUGACAUGGAUGGAGACAAGGUUAAAAAUGUGUUGGACAACUGUGUGAGGAUUUCCAACCCAGACCAGCGGGACAGUGAUGGAGAUGGCGUGGGAGACGUUUGCGACAGCUGCCCACUCAUCAGCAACCCAGAUCAGAAAGACACCGACCAUGACCUUGUGGGCGACCCCUGUGACACCAACCAAGACCGGGAUGGAGACGGCCACCAGGACUCCCGGGACAAUUGCCCCACGGUGCCCAACAGCUCCCAGCUUGAUUCGGACCGGGAUGGCAUUGGUGAUGAAUGUGAUGAUGAUGACGACAAUGACGGCAUCCCAGACCAGAGGCCACCGGGCCCCGACAAUUGUCGCCUGGUCCCCAACCCCGGGCAGCAGGACUCCGACAGAGACGGCAUCGGAGACGCCUGCACCAACGACUUCGACAAGGACCUCGUUGUUGAUCAAAUCGAUGUCUGUCCUGAAAACGCGGAGGUGACACUGACGGAUUUCCGGGCCUUCCAGACUGUCGUCUUGGAUCCCGAAGGGGAUGCCCAGAUUGACCCAAACUGGAUUGUCCUCAACCAGGGAAUGGAAAUUGUUCAGACCAUGAACAGUGACCCAGGUUUGGCUGUCGGCUACACCGCAUUCAACGGGGUGGAUUUUGAGGGCACCUUCCACGUCAACACGGCCACCGACGACGAUUAUGCCGGGUUCAUCUUUGGCUACCAGGACAGCUCCAGCUUCUACGUUGUCAUGUGGAAACAAAUGGAGCAAACCUAUUGGCAGGCCAACCCCUUCCGAGCCGUCGCUGAGCCGGGUAUUCAGCUAAAGGCGGUGAAAUCCAAGACUGGGCCGGGCGAAUACCUCCGCAACUCCCUCUGGCACACCGGUGACACCCCCGACCAGGUCAAGCUGCUGUGGAAAGACCCCCGGAACGUGGGCUGGAAGGACAAGACCUCAUACCGCUGGUUCUUGCAGCACAGGCCCCAAGUGGGCUACAUCCGGGCUCGCUUCUACGAAGGACCCGAACUGGUGGCUGACACGGGGGUCGUGCUAGACACUACAAUGCGGGGUGGGCGCCUGGGCGUCUUCUGCUUCUCCCAGGAAAACAUCAUUUGGUCCAACCUGCGGUACCGCUGCAAUGACACUAUUCCCGAAGACUACGAGUCAUACCGGAACCAGCGGGACUACUAAGCACCACUGCCUCGAAUGGAUUUACCUGGAACCCCCUACUGCUUGGCUUUUAAAAAUAUAUAGAGAGAUAUAUAAUUUUAAAUAUUGUGGACUGUCCCCGAAUGCUUUGCAACCACUGAGCAUCGUCAAUGCCUUACUACACCCCGAUUUCUCUGAUGUGUUCAGCACAAUCUCAGGUCAGAGAGGCUCCGUUUUUUCACCACUUCCAAGUUUCCAUGGGUGAAGAUUUGAGAAAGGUGAGGAGGGCUGGACAUCGGGGCCUGGGAUCCCCUGAGGCCACAGAUAGGUUUAAAACCCCAAAUCCAACACCGGAGAACAAUAUCGCAGCCUCCUUCCUCCUAAAUUCACCUGCUUUCGACACUAAAACAAGGUCAAAGGUCUCCUUUAGGUACUUACCAAUCUGGAUUCAGGUACGGAUCAGGAAUGUGUUCCGUCUCUUCCAGGAGGGGGCUGUUCCUGCUGUGGAAAUAAAUCUUUUUUUUAGUGAA